AACACGACAUAACAUUUCAAGAAUUCACACAUAGCCUAGCCUACCUGACAGCAGUAGCGGAAGUGUUUUCUGGACACUCUAGGCUCAAUCUUACUGCAUUCAUUUAGUUGAACUACACAUCAUCCACGGAACAACAUUUUGCACACACAACUUGAAGUUCAAGUUGACCCCCCAUCCCCCAAUAGGCAAUGGCCUCAGCUGGUGUGCUCGAGUUGACAAAAUUGUGCAGUAGGCUAGGUGGUUCCACAGCGACAUUUUAGAGGAUCAAAUAAUGUGUGAAUCACAACGAAUUAUACUUUUAAUUUUGAUCUUUAAUACUCUACCUGACGAAGAACAUUGUGUCACAUUUUCAUCAAAGGAUGCAAAUCUAUUGGUGGAACUUAAUCAAAAUGGAGAGGACCCAAUUACAAGCAGCCUGGGCCUACUUGCACUUAGUGGAAUGCAACAAGUCUUACUCAAAGAGAAACUGUCUGGCUACUGUGACAACAGGGGAUUUCACAUCAUCAUUCAAAGUAGUGUCACAGUUCCUCCACUGGCCUUAGACUCAGUCCAUAUUGCCUACAACAGAAGCUCCACUUGCAAGCCGAAGUUCAAGAGCAGUCAGUGGGUGAUGUUUCAGUUCCCACUGACAGACUGUGGUUCGAAGUUCAAGCUUUUUAGUGGCCACAUUUCCUACUGGGUUACUAUAUUUGGAGGAAAAGUUUUUCAUCUUAAACUUGGGUCAAUCUUCCGUGAUCCUCAGUUCAAACUCACUGUGCAGUGCACUUACAUGCUCCAUGGUGCAAUGACACUAAGAGCAGAAGUCCAGAAAGCCAUAUCUGCCCAAUACCGAUCUGUAAAAGAUGAGGGGUUGCUUCGUAUCAAAAUGAGAUUUGCUAAAGAUGCAUCUUAUAGCUCCUUUCACAAGGAUAGUGAUCCAUUGAAGUAUGUGUUGGGAGAUCCUGUUUUUGUUGAAGUGCUCCUUCUCAAACGGGAAGAUGGGGAACUCGUGCUAUACUUAAGAGACUGUUGGGCAACACCAUCAGAAGAUCCCCGAGACAUGCGUAUAUGGAAUCUACUCAUUGAUGGGUGUCCCUUUCAUGGAGACAGCCACCACACUGAGCUCAUCAAUGUGGCCCCUGGGGACGGAGUGACGUUUCCACAGCACCACAAGCGAUUCAUGAUCCGAAUGUUUUCCUUUGUGAAAUCCCAGGUGUCUCAAGCCUUAGUUUAUAUGCACUGUAAUGCUGAGGUCUGCAAAGGAGUUGAGUGCUCUGUGCCUUCUUGUAACCAGGAGCCGAGGCACCUAAAGCCAAACCAAGAUGAAGAAAAUGGAGAUGAAGCUUUUCAAAAUGCUAUAGUUUCUGAAGGCCCCCUCUUAUUGGAAUGAAUAGCCCAAAAUACUUGAAAUUGUUAUAUGUCUUUUCUCAUUUAGUGCAUAUUUUGUUGGCUAUGUAACUUGUAAGCAUAGCAAAUACAUACCAGCUGUAAUAUCAGUUAGUCUAAUCUGUGUUCUCAAUAAACAUGUAGG